AAAACUCAUCACUCAUUUAGCAAAAGAAACACAAAACUCAGUCAUGGCUAGCCGGAGAGAAGUACGUUGCCGUUGUGGUAGAUGGAUGUGGGCUCAACCUGGAGUCAGUUCCAUCCAAUGCUCAACUUGCCAUACCGUCACAAACCUCUCCUCCCUCGUGGACAUAGCUCGUGGUGCAAACCGCGUGCUUCAAGGGCUUCAACAGCUACGUAGGCAACACAAACAACAGCCACCGCAGUAUCAGUUUCAACAACAGCCAAUAAUGGCUCAACCACCGCCACCACCACCGAGGCUUCUCGAGCCUCUUCCUUCACCGUUUGGGAAGAAGAGAGCUGUUUUAUGCGGCUUGGAUUAUAAGGGGAAAAGCUAUGGCUUGAAAGGUUGCAUCAGUGAUGCAAAGUCCAUGAGAUCUUUCUUGGUUCAGAAAAUGGGUUUCCCUAUUGACUCUAUUCUCAUGCUCACAGAAGAUGAAGCCAGUCCACAGAGAAUACCAACUAAGAAAAACAUUAGAAAGGCCAUGAGAUGGUUAGUUGAAGGAAACAGAGCAAGAGACUCACUUGUGUUCCACUACUCUGGUCAUGGAUCUCAGCAGAAAGACUACAACGGAGACGAGGUUGAUGGUCAAGAUGAAGCUUUGUGCCCUUUAGACCAUGAGACAGAAGGAAAAAUCAUUGAUGAUGAGAUUAACAAGAUACUCGUGAGGCCGCUUGUCCAUGGAGCUAAGCUUCACGCUGUCAUAGACGCUUGUAACAGUGGGACUGUCCUUGAUUUACCCUCCGUUUGUAGGAUGGAGAGGAAUGGUUUUUAUGAAUGGGAACAUCAAAGAGCAGGGAGGACUUACAAAGGAACAGAUGGUGGAGUAGCUAUAUGUUUCAGUGCUUGUGAUGAUCAUGAAGCUAGUGGUUACACUCCUGUCUUCACGGGGAAGAAUGCAGGAGCCAUGACUUAUAGCUUCAUAAAGGCGGUGAAGACAGCUGGACCAGCACCAACGUACGGUCACCUGCUUAACCUCAUGUGUUCUGCUAUACGAGAGGCUCAAUCUCGCCUCGCCAGUGAUGGGAACUACACAAGCCCUGAUGAGACUGCGGAGCCACUCCUAACAUCAUCUGAAGAAUUCAACAUAUAUGCUACAAAGUUUGUGCUUUAA